AUGCAACUUAAGCCUUUGGCUUGUUACCUUGAGAAAAAGGAGGCGCCUAAGGCACGCGAUAUGAUGAUUGACAAGGGCAGUCGGGGACACUUGGCCUUGCUGGAGAGAGGUGAAAUUCUGAGACCCGGGAAAGACACUCAAAUGCGAAAGCUUUUGUCCAGAAUGUUCCUGUUAAUCAAGGACUAA